AUGUCUCUUCGUCCGAAAAAAAUAAAUUUUGAUAAGCUUUUUACGGAAUUCAAAAGCGAUCUCGAGAAAAUAUAUAAUUUCUCGGGAUUAGAUCGUGUUUCUGGCAUGAACAUGUUCCAAUCAGUAUAUGACAUGUGCACAGCAACUCCAAAGCCAUAUACCGAAAAACUCUUUUGCGCUAUUGCAUACUUUUUGGAGGAAUAUACCAUGCGAAAGAAGAGAGUCAGUGAAAACGGAAGUAUACUGGAUCAUGAUGAUAUUGUCAACGCGUAUGCCAAAGAAUGGAGCCACUAUAGUCUAGCUAGCGAUUAUUCAAGUCGUAUCUGUGAUUAUCUCAAUAAAAUCAUGUUAAAAGUUAAGGAUACCGGUGGCAUUCCGGCAUCAGAGAAACGGAAAACAGUAGGAGAUGGAAAAUAUAGAAGACAGACCGUACAAGCACUAGCUUAUUUAAUAUGGAAAGAACGCGUCGUUGAUUCUAUCAAAAAGUUUCAAGAUCGUCUUAUGUAUCAAAUAUUCGAAAUGAUUAGACGAGAUCGGGAUGGUGAAGAUGUUGUCCCUGAUGUUGUGGCCGAGGCAAUUCAGUCAUUAGGCAUACUAAACUCGCUUACGGAUCACCCUUUGCGUCUAUACAUUGAAGAAUUUGAGAUACCUUAUUUGAAACAUACUAAACUAUAUUAUGAGCGUGAAGCGGCUGACAUAAUUUCUAGUGCCACAAUAUCACAAUAUAUGAAAAAAGCAUGCCAAAGAUUAGAGCAAGAAGCAGCGCGCAAUAGCAAAUACUGCCACAUUUCAUCUCAUAUUACUAUGAUAAAAGAAUGCGAAAAACAAUAUGUAGCUGUACACCAGUCAAGGAUUCAUACUGAAUUUGAGGCUAUGAUAUCCAAUGAACGUUACGAAGAUUGUUCUAUGGCUUAUAAUCUCUUAUCCCGUAUUACGAGUGGUGUCAAUCCACUACUUGAAAUUUUUGAACAAUAUAUUACUCAAAUUGGCAAAGACUUGAUAUCCAGGAUGGGUACUGGAAUAUUAAAGGAUCCGCGAGAAUAUGUUGAAUCACUGAUGAGUCUCCAUUCCAAAUACAUGACGGUAUGUCAAAGAGUAUUCUCAAAUGAUUCAGCAUUUAUUGCUGCUGUAGAUAAAGCAUUUCGUACGAUUGUAAAUGAUCCAUCGACGAAUCCAGCAGCUCAUUCUCCUGAAGUGCUUGCUCGUUAUUGUGAUGUGCUUUUGAAGAAAAAUCAAAAGAGCGGCAUAAGCGAGCAAGAUAUCGAGGAUAAAAUGAAUAGCAUGAUCAUUCUUUUUAAAUAUAUAGACGACAAGGAUGUGUAUCAAAAGUUUUAUUCGAGGUUACUUGCAAAACGUCUUAUCUAUGGCAGCUCGGUGUCAAACGAUGCAGAAGAAAAUAUGAUAUCGAGGCUUAAGACUACUUGCGGUGUCGAGUAUACAAGUAAACUUCAACGAAUGUUUACAGAUAUAACAGUAAGCGCAGACAUAAACAGUAGUUUUAGCGACUAUUUAAAGCAAAAAACUUUAAAUCUAGGAGUUGACUUCAGCAUACUGGUGUUAACAGCUGGUGCGUGGCCGUUGACUCAAGUAUCUGCUACUGAUUUCCAAUUGCCGUCAGAGUUGGAAAAAAGUGUCUCCUAUUUCGAGUCAUUUUAUAAUGACCAUCACAGCGGCAGAAAAUUAACGUGGCUAUGGCACCUAUCAAAAGCUGACGCUAAAUUAGGAUAUCUUGACAAACGUUACGAAUUUUCCGUGUCGCUCUACCAACUCGGUGUUCUAUUAUUAUUUAAUACUAUUGAUAUGUUGACAUUCAAAGAAAUUUGUGAACACACACGGUUAAAUGAACAGGAACUGAAAAGAGUCUUGAAGCCGCUGAUUGAUUUAGCUGCGUUUAUAAUAUCACCGACUGGCUCACUUAACGAGUCAACCGAGAUCAAAUUAAACAUGGAAUUCUCAAAUAAACGCACAAAGAUCAAAAUUAGUUCGUCGCUUCAAUCAGAUUCUCCACAAGAAACCGAUGCAACACGGCGAGCAGUAGAUGAGGAUCGAAAAUUAUAUCUUCAGGAAAUAAUCGAUCAAGCAAAGUCUCGGUUUACACCAAGUGUUCCAAUGAUUAAAAAGUGUAUUGAACAAUUGUUGGAUAAACAGUAUCUUGAGCGAAGUAUUGAGAAUAGGGAUAAAUAUGUGUAUAUAGCUUAG